GUAUGGUGUGUGAUCACCAUCGGCGUGGUUGGUCCACGUUUCCGCCAAUCAUAGCUCGGCACAGUCAAUGAGGAGCGGCGGAGAGCAGACUGCGGCACACCAUCGCUAACCGUCGACCAAGCACGCCGAGAAGAUGUUGGGUUCGCUGCUAGUGGUGAUCAUGGCGGUGGUAUCAGCGACUGGGAUGCACUUCAGCUAUGACGGGACGCCUCUAGCUGAAGGCGUGGUGGUAGGCGGCGCUGUGUCCUCAAACGUUCCUUUUGUGGGGAGUGUCCCUUCUGUUGUGUCGCCCGUCCUGCCAUCGCCAGCUCCUGCCUUUUCGCCCCUCCUACCGCUGCCAGCUCCUGCCGUGUCGCCUGUGCGAGAAGGCCCGCUUCGAUGCAGCUAUCCUCUGGGAUCUGUGGUCCACGAGACGCUAAACGGACGUGAGUACCAUUUAUCGUGGUGUAGCCAACCUGGCCGGACCUUUAGUUACCAACAGGCUGAGAGCUACUGCCGCAGCAUCAACACAGACGGUCACCCAUUGGGAUUCCACGCAGUGAGCCUCGAAACUCGAGUUGAGGAUUCCUUCAUUACCUCCAUCAUCCGCCAUUACGAAGUGCCUUACAUCUGGACGAGUGGCUACAAGGUGGGGCCCUACUCGUGGAAGUGGCAGAGUUGUGUGGCCUCGCAGUACAGCCGUUGGUCUUUCACCGGAAGAUUUGGUCGCAGACAGCCUGACAACGCUGACAUGAACGAGGACUGCCUCGCCAUACUUAAUAACUUUUAUGGAGAUGGUAUCAUCUGGCACGAUAUAGACUGUUCCUUAGAGAAGUACGUCAUCUGCGAGCGGCCUAGUAUUUACGCUCGUUAGUAUGACGGUGAUUUUUCAACAAUCUAAUCUCUUCACCUCCCAUGAAACACCUGUAUAGUUGGAAACUGUAAUAUUGUACUACAAGUUUAUAAAAAUCCUUGUGCAAU